AUGAAACAGAUCAAAAGUAAUUUAAGUAUGAGUACUGAACCAAGUCCAUUUUAUAUAGCAUGUGAAAAAGGUGAUUUAAAUAAAGUUAAAAGUUUAUUCAUUAAGGUUAAUCCGGACAAACUUGAGCCAAAUGGUUCAACCGCGUUGCAUGUUGCGGCAUAUUAUGGUUAUUAUGACAUUGUUAAGUAUUUAUUGGAACAUGGAUGUUCUCCAAAUAUAAAUAAUCAGUAUGGUCGUACGGCUGAUCAAGAAGCGUCCAAUGAUCAAAUACGUGAAAUUUUUCAACAAGCUAAAGAUGGUAAAAUACAAAAACAUUUCGAUUAA